AUCUCAGUCCACUUUACUCUCUCUUUUCCUUUCCUUCACAGAAGAAAAAUUAAGCGGCAUUUCUCCGCUAAAUCUCUCUUCUACAACAACCACCAUUUUCUUUCCCUUUAAUUUAAUCCUCUCUCUCUCUCUCUCUCGCUAAGCACAUUUCCGCUUUUUCCUUUGUUUCUUCUUUUUCUUUUUCGAAUUAUUGGAACUUGUUGAGUAGUUGUUCAGAUCUGAGCACGGUCUCACCGGAUCCGGAUCCAGAUGGAGGAGGCACUGGAGCUGGCACGUGCCAAAGACACCAAGGAGCGAAUGGCGGCGGUGGAGCGGCUCUAUCAACUCCUCGAAGGUUCUAGAAAGAGCCUCACUUCUUCGGAGGUCACUUCGCUUGUCGAUUGCUGCAUGGAUCUCCUCAAGGACAACAACUUCAGAGUCUCCCAGGGCGCUCUCCAGGCUCUUGCUUCCGCCGCCGUCCUCUCCGGUGAUCACUUGAAGUUGCAUUUCAACGCGCUCGUUCCCGCGGUUGUUGAACGGUUAGGUGACGCCAAACAGCCCGUUAGAGACGCCGCCAGACGACUACUGCUCACUCUCAUGGAGGUUUCUUCUCCAACGAUUAUUGUUGAAAGAGCUGGCUCAUAUGCCUGGACUCAUAGAAGUUGGAGAGUUCGGGAAGAAUUUGCGCGUACAGUCACAUCGGCAAUCAGUCUUUUUGCAUCUACUGAACUUCCACUUCAACGGGCUAUUCUUCCCCCUAUUUUGCAGAUGCUGAAUGACUCAAAUCCUGGUGUUCGUGAAGCAGCUAUAUUAUGCAUUGAGGAAAUGUAUACGCAGGCUGGAACUCAAUUCCGUGAUGAGCUUCAUCGCCAUCAGCUUCCUGCAUCUAUGGUGAGAGAUAUUAAUGCUAGAUUAGAGAAAAUUGAGCCACAAGUUCGAUCUUCGGAUGGAAUGUUGAGUGGUUUUGGCGCUGGAGAGAUAAAGCCUGCAAUCCUUAACCCCAAGAAAAGCAGUCCAAGAGCCAAGAGUUCUUCAAGGGAGACAUCUCUUUUUGGAGGUGAAAGUGAUAUCACAGAAAAACCCAUAGAUCCAAUUAAAGUUUACUCAGAUAAGGAACUAAUAAGGGAAUUUGAGAAAAUUGCUUCUACCCUUGUUCCAGAAAAAGAUUGGUCCAUACGCAUUGCUGCCAUGCAGAGAGUUGAAGGCCUUGUUUCUGGAGGUGCUACUGAUUAUCCAUGUUUCCGGGGACUCUUGAAGCAGCUUGUUGGCCCGCUAAGUACACAAUUAUCGGAUAGAAGGUCAAGCAUAGUGAAGCAGGCUUGCCAUUUAUUAUCCUUCUUAUCAAAGGAGCUCUUGGGAGAUUUUGAGGCAUGUGCCGAGAUGUUCAUCCCAGUCCUUUUCAAGUUGGUUGUGAUUACUGUGCUUGUAAUUGCAGAGUCCGCAGAUAACUGCAUAAAAACGAUGUUGCGUAACUGCAAAGUUGCCCGUGUGCUUCCCCGCAUAGCUGAUUGUGCAAAGAAUGACCGUAGUUCUGUACUCCGUGCUAGGUGUGUUGAGUACGCAUUGUUGAUACUUGAGCAUUGGCCAGAUGCACCAGAAAUACAGCGAUUGGCUGAUUUAUAUGAGGACCUUAUUAGGUGUUGCGUUGCGGAUGCAAUGAGUGAGGUACGAUCAACUGCUAGAAUGUGCUACAGAAUGUUCACCAAAACUUGGCCAGAUCGUUCUCGUCGCUUGUUCUCAUCCUUUGAUCCUGUCAUUCAAAGGAUAAUUAACGAAGAAGAUGGAGGGAUGCAUAGGCGGCAUGCUUCUCCUUCUCUCCGUGACAGAAAUAUACAGAUGUCAUUUACCUCUCAAACUUCUGCUCCUUCAAAUGUUCCUGGAUAUGGAACGUCUGCUAUAGUUGCAAUGGACAGAACUUCAAGUUUAUCGUCAGGGACUUCUCUCUCUUCUGGUUUGAUUCUAUCCCAGUCGAAGCCCCUUGGUAAAGGUGCUGAACGUACUCUGGAGAGCGUGUUGCAUGCAAGCAAACAGAAAGUCAGCGCCAUUGAAAGUAUGCUUAGAGGUCUGGACAUAUCCGAAAAACAGAGGUCAUCAAGUUUGGAUCUAGGAGUUGACCCUCCAUCAUCUCGUGAUCCACCAUUCCCUGCUACUGUUCCAGCUUCUAAUAGUCUCACAAGCUCUUUAGGAGUAGAAUCAACUACCUCUAGUGUUGGUAAAGGUAGUAACCGCAAUGGUGGUAUGAUUAUGUCUGACAUCAUUACUCAAAUUCAAGCUUCCAAAGAUUCAGGCAAGUUAUCAUAUAGAAGUAGUGUGGCAACUGAGACUUUGCCAGCUUUCCCAUUAUACUCUGCCAAAAGGGCAUCUGAAAGGCAAGAGCGAGGUUCUGUUGAAGAGAACAGUGACAUUAGGGAGGCUAGGCGGUUUAUAAAUCCACAUAUUGACAGACAAUAUUUGGACACACCUUAUAGAGAUGUAAACACUAAGGAUUCACAGAACAAUUAUAUUCCAAACUUCCAGAGGCCACUUUUGAGAAAACAUGUAGCUGGGCGGAUGUCUGCAGGAAGGAGAAAGAGUUUUGAUGAUAGCCAGCUGUCACUUGGAGAGAUGUCAAAUUAUGUUGAAGGUCCCGCUUCUCUCAGUGAUGCCCUUAGUGAGGGGCUCAGUCCUAGUUCUGAUUGGUGUGCUAGGGUUGCUGCUUUUACUUAUCUCCGGUCUUUGCUGCAGCAGGGACCAAAAGGUGUUCAGGAAGUGGUUCAGAAUUUUGAGAAGGUAAUGAAACUGUUUUUCCAGCACUUGGAUGAUCCCCACCAUAAAGUUGCACAGGCUGCCCUUUCAACUCUUGCAGAUAUUAUUCCAUCAUGUCGAAAGCCCUUUGAGAGUUACAUGGAAAGGAUCUUACCCCAUGUUUUUUCACGGUUAAUUGAUCCAAAGGAGUUGGUUAGGCAACCUUGCUCAACGACUUUGGAAAUUGUUAGCAAAACUUAUAGCAUAGAUUCUCUCUUACCUGCUUUGCUGCGUUCAUUAGAUGAACAGCGAUCACCAAAGGCAAAGUUAGCUGUUAUUGAGUUUGCUAUUAGUUCCUUCAACAAGCAUGCUAUGAAUUCUGAAGGUUCUGGUAAUAUUGGCAUCCUGAAGUUAUGGCUUGCUAAAUUGACGCCAUUGGUCCAUGACAAAAACACUAAGCUUAAGGAUGCAGCUAUUACUUGCAUUAUAUCUGUCUACUCGCACUUUGAUCCGACUGCAGUUCUGAAUUUUAUUCUUAGUUUAUCAGUUGAAGAACAAAAUUCAUUGAGACGGGCACUUAAACAGUACACCCCUCGUAUUGAGGUGGACCUAAUAAACUAUUUGCAGAACAAGAAAGAAAGGCAGCGUGCUAAGUCUUCCUAUGAUCCAUCUGACGUUGUUGGAACAUCAUCUGAAGAAGGAUAUAUUGGUGUGUCCAAGAAGAGUCUUUUACUUGGAAGGUAUUCUGCUGGUUCCCUUGAUAGUGAAGGUGGUAGGAAGUGGGGUUCCACUCAGGAUUCAACCCUGAUCGCAAGCAGUAUUGGCCAGGCAACAUCUGAUGAAACUCAGGAGAACUUAUAUCAGAACCUUGAGACCAGUUCAAAUGCGGAUGCUCUUCCUUCGAAAACCAAACAAUUGUCUUACAUUGUUAAUUCAGGUCAGAGCUUGGGAUCUCGAACUGGCCGGGUUGAGAACUUUGAAAGCAGUGUUAACCUGGAAGGUCUAUCUACUCCACGUUUGGACAUGAAUGGUCUAAGUAGAUCUGAAUCUUUGGGGGCCAUUGAAGGGCUUGGACAUAAUAAUGAGACUUCAUCUGACUUGGACCUUAAUCAUCUUAAACCUGCAGCUGUAAAGAUUAGCUCUAUGCCAGACACUGGGCCUAGCAUUCCUCAAAUUCUUCACCUGAUCUGCAAUGGGAAUGAUGAGAGCCCUACUGCAAGUAAGCGUAGUGCACUCCAGCAAUUAAUUGAAAUUUCUCUGGCUAAUGAUUUCUCCAUUUGGAACAAGUACUUCAAUCAGAUUUUGACAGCUGUACUUGAAGUUUUAGAUGAUUCCGAUUCCUCAAUCCGAGAACUUGCCUUGUCAUUGAUAGUUGAAAUGCUUAAAAACCAGAAAGAUGCUAUGGAAGAUUCUGUUGAAAUAGUGAUUGAGAAGCUGCUUCAUGUAACAAAAGAUAUUGUUCCCAAAGUUUCAAGCGAAGCUGAGCACUGCUUGAACACCGUGUUGUCUCAAUAUGAUCCAUUCAGAUGUUUAAGUGUUAUUGUUCCUUUAUUAGUCACUGAAGAUGAGAAGACUCUGGUUAUUUGCAUAAACUGUUUAACAAAGCUUGUGGGGCGGCUAUCACAGGAGGAGCUAAUGACUCAAUUGCCCUCAUUUUUGCCUGCUCUUUUUGAAGCCUUUGGAAACCAGAGUGCAGACGUCCGGAAGACCGUCGUUUUCUGUUUAGUGGAUAUUUAUAUAAUGCUUGGGAAAGCAUUUUUGCCACACUUGGAGGGGCUUAACAGCACACAGUUGCGGUUGGUUACAAUUUAUGCGAAUCGGAUCUCACAGGCCAGGACUGGCACCCCCAUAGAUGCUAACCAUGAUUAACUGGUACAUUUGGACAGGGAGUCGGGAUUGGGAUUGGGAAAUGUUUACUUAUUCAUUGUUGUGUAUUUUGUAUAUUGUGUGAAUGCAUAUUCGAGGGUGAUUUUUGUUUUUGCUUUUUUAAAUGUAUUUUAGUUCUCUUUAAUUUGGUUUGCUGGGUUUUGGAGGAAGAGUGCUUUUGGUGGGGAAUCAAGUAGGGAAUUGCACGCUGCACUACUGUGCCCAUGUUGUAAUCACCAUUUUCGUAACAUUGUUGUUAUAGUGAUAAAGAAAUAUGGUUUUGGAGAAA